AUUCACUUGACCGAUCAACCCUCCUCACAGGUACCCUACAAGCAACCGCCGAGUCAGGGCAAGAGUCGAUUAACGCUCCUCAACUAAUACAAGAAACAACAUGCCGGCCAAUGAUCAGCAGAAAGGAAAGCGCCGGGCAGGACCCGAGGCCACCGCCCAACCCGCCAAGCGCCAGAAGCGUAAAGCACAGGAGAACGAGACACCAGCAACGCGGGGGCCGAACACAAACCACGCCCAGCCAGCCCCGUCACAGGCACAGAGCGCCAACCCUGCCGCCUCAACCGCCCUUCUUGAAGGGGAGAUAUCCCCCAAGAACUUCGGCAGCGUCCCCAAGCGACGAGGCUCCUCCUCCUCUUCCACCUCCUCCACCACCACCUCCCUCCUCGCCCCCCCGCCCCGCAAGCGCCGCCGCCGAGCCUCCCCGCACCCGCCCGUAUCCGGCCUAACGCGCGCCUCCCUCGCCGCCCUCCUCCCCGGCUCGGCCUUCGGCCACGCGGCGCCCAUCAUCGCCCGCCGCCACUGGACCGUCAAGGACGAGCACGCCCUCCGCAAGACGGGCUGGACGCCCUCGGACGAGGCCGCCCUCGCGGCCCGCCUGCGGCCCCGCGACCCGGCGGCCCGCAAGCCGGGGACCCCCGUCCACGCAGAGGUCCUCGCCUGGCGCGCCAUGGCGGCCCUGUUCGGCUGCGAGCCGCCGGACCUGUUCCGGUACGGGCUUAAGCUGCUACGCGACGACGACGACGACAGUGGUGGUGCUGGUGCUGGUGGCGGUGGUGGUGAGAAGCACGAGUUGUUCGACCCCCCGCGGUUCUGGCCCGGCCUGCUGCGCCUCCUGCCGCACCCCUUCUGGGGAGGCGACGUCGCGGCCCUGCGCCUCGCCCUGCAGCUCGCCGUAAUGCACCGCGCCGGGCCCGGCGGCCACGCCGGCCCGCUUGCGCCGCCGUGGUCGCGCGCCGAGCCGGGCUUUGUGGGAUGGCUUAGGGAGCUGCAGGCGCUGCGGCGCAGUGACGGCGACGGGGACGGGGACAAGUUGGGGGGGUUUGAUGGCUGGAGGAGGGAGAUGGAGGACGCCGAGAGGAGGGUCGAGGUCGCGGGCGUGGCGGAGUUCAGGUCCAGGGUGCAGGUGCGCGAUAGGACCGGGAUGAGGGAGCUGGAUGAGCUUAUCGAGUACGGGGCGCGCGAACUCGCCGGCGGGGUCGUCGAGCCCGUGCCGGCGUAUGAGAGGUUCCUGUUCAUGGUGCGAGGGGAGGACGUGGAGAUGGUGACGACGGCGCUGAAUUCCAUGUACUCGACCUCCGGGGACGACGAGGAGGUGAGGGUGAUAGUGGAUGCGGCGGCGGAGGCGGGGAAGAAGCAGAGGAGGAAGCCCGACUUGACCGUCGUCGACUUCUUCCGGACUUACUGGCACGGGCUGCCGGAGAGGGACAGGGAGGUGACGGAGGCCGACACCCAGUGGCUCCUGGAGCAGAAGCGCAUGGCCAUCAUCGCCGAGAGGCGAGAGGCCCUGAUCCGUCACCGGCUGCAGGCGGCCGGCGAGCGCCUCGACCUGCUGGACAUACCGCCCUUCGAUCCGGACCCGGACUUCCACCUCUACUGCUAUGUCAACGAGGCGCAGCUGUUCACCAUCCGGGGCCGGCGCCCGCCGCCCGCCACCUACCGGUGGGCGAGAGAACACCUCGGCAGCCGGGCGGACGCCAUGACCCUCCACGCGUCCGCCACCAUGGCCCGGUGUCUCGGCCCGACGACGGGCGCCGCUGGCCUGCUCAUCGACGGUAGGGUUCAGGCCCCAGUCUUCAACCCCGCCGGGGCGUAUUUCUCGCACGUGGAGAACUUGCGAAGCCGGCCUGGGCUGCUGUAUUCGUCCCGCGAAUUGGCGGGGCGCCCUUCCCCCCCCGCGACAAAGAAGGACCUGGUUGCAUUUGCCGCUUGGUUGAGGGGUCGUUUCCCAAGGCCGAAAGGGUGACAACCUAUGUAGGAGUAGGUAGCCUUGACCAUUUACCGCUUGGUUUGUUCUAGUUAGCAAUGUGGAUCAGUUUGAGGGAGACGGCCCAUGUAAUGUAGCUGCAAAAUGUAGACAUUGCGCGCAUGUGGUAUACAUUGGACAUUUGACCAGGUCGCCCUCGACCUGGAUCUCUGGGUACCACCAAGUUGUACAGUAUAAGGAAAUGAUCGGCGGGAUUU